AUGUCGAAGACCUCGGCUAUGGCGCCGACGAAGCGGACAAUUCUAACUGAACCCCAGGACUGGGACCGUUGGGUCAAGGAGCUCCGAGCACGAGUGGAUAAGCUUAUCCACAAGCUGAUCUUUCAAGAUGGCUCUGAAGCUAUGGAGCUACCUGAGCGCCCGACUUUGACGACUUUGCACAAGGCGUUCGACAGCCAGUGGCUACGAGAUAUAGCUAGCGUCAUCCGACCUCUUAGCGAUGGAUACGCCACUAUCUUCUACGAAGACAGCCGAAGAAUCGAUGAAGAAGCAGCAACUGCUCAAUAUAGGGUCUAUCAAGCUCUUCGACCAGACUCUAUCGGAAGCACGCCUACUUUGGCAGCAGUACCACCUUCUUCGACUCACUGGACCUUUCAGCUUGUUGCUAGAAAAAUCAGAGAAAUUGCAGAGCAACAGCCGCACCAGCAGAAAGGAGGAAUCAAGAGAGGUGCCGGCUUUCUAGCUGAUAAAGAAACUGAUGAAAACGACCCUUCUGAAGAAAGACCGAAAAAGAGAAAAGGAAGAAACCUGACACAACCAAAAACACAGAAAACCGAUAAAACCGAUAAAACCGAUGCCCUGCGUGUGGACGGAUAA